AUGUGUGGAAUAUUUUGUGAAAUAUGUUUAAGCAAUAAAAAAUCGACUAUGGAUGCACAAGUAAAGAAACGCAUUAAAAACAGAGGGCCCGAUAGAUCUAAUUUAUUAGAAAUUGCCUUAAGUAAUGAUAUGAAAGCAUUUUUCUAUGCUGCGGUGUUGUGGAUGCAGGGUCCCGAAUUAACACCACAGCCUGUCGAAACUGAACAGGGUGUGUUAUUGUAUAAUGGAGAUAUAUUCGAUGAAACCUGGCCCAGCAAUAUUAGUGACACAUUGGUUAUUAAGGAUAAACUACAUGACAAGUCUAAAACACUGUCAGAGGAAUAUGUCAUACAACAAUUCAAAUCAUUUAAAGGCCCCUUUGCCAUAAUUUACUUUGAUAAAAUAAAUAACAAAAUAUAUUUCAUGAGAGAUAGAAUUGGAAGAAGUACUUUACUGUUUCACCACAGUGAAAAUUCUAUCAUAAUCGGGAAUGUUUUGGGAAGAAAUUAUAACUGUGUUGAAGUUCCAGCUACACAUAUUCAAAUGUUAAAUUUAAAUACUAAUACAAUAAAAGUAUACCCAUGGAAUGAAAAUGAAUUAAAGACUGAGGAAUAUUUAAUUGAAGAUUGGUUAGAACAACUAAAAAUGCAACAAAGUUUACCAGAUGAUGAAUUUCAUUUUGAAUAUAUUGAAGAACAAUUUAAAGAAAAUGAUGAGAUAAUUAAAUUGAUCACAUCUACAGCUGCUUCAACACAAUGUAAACUGUCAGCAAUGAAAAUACUGAUAGAGGAUGACUUAGUAAAGAAAACAGUCUUAAAAGUUACGGAACUACUGGAGAAGAGUAUUAAAUUGCGUUUACAAAAGCAACCAAACAGGUGUAAGACAUGCUUAAACAUUCAAGGUUACUGCAAUCAUUGUACUGUUGGAAUAUUAUUUUCUGGUGGCCUUGAUUGUACAAUACUAGCUGUACUAGCAGAUAAGUAUUUACCCAGGGAACAAAGUAUAGACCUCAUCAAUGUAGCAUUUAAAAAGGAUGAAAAAUCUACAUUUGAAGUCCCUGAUAGACUAACAGGAAAGCAGUCAUUACAAGAACUGCAAAAGCUAUGUCCAACCAGGGAUUGGAUCUUUAGAGAAAUAAAUGUUUCAAGAGAAGAACAAGAAAAGUACCAAGAGGAUAUUAUAGGAGACCUUGUAUAUCCCCGAGAAACUAUCUUAGAUGAAAGUCUGGGGACUGCAUUGUGGUUUGCUGCUAGAGGCCAAGAUUGCUUACAUAAUGUGUCAACCAGCCGGGUUUUACUAAUAGGUUCUGGAGCAGAUGAGUUGUUUGGCGGCUACACACGGCAUAGAAAUGCUUUCAAACGGAAGGGUUGGCAAGGUCUCAACAAAGAGUUACUGCUAGACUGGAAGAGAAUCUCUUUCAGAAAUUUGGCUCGUGAUAACAGAGUUAUAUGUGAUCAUGGUAGACAACCUCGAAUGCCAUAUUUAGAUGAAGAUUUUACAAAUUAUAUACUACAAUUAAAACCAUGGCUAAGGUGUUUCCCCAGUGAAGAUUUGGGCAUUGGUAUUGGGGAUAAACUCAUGUUAAGAUUAGUUGCCUUAAAUCUUGGUUUAAAUGAGGCUGUUAUUUUACCUAAACGAGCUUUACAAUUUGGGUCCAGAAUUGCAAAUAAGAAAGAGAAAGGUAGCGAUAUAUCGAAAACUUUCAGAAAUAAAAAUAUUAAAAUUUAG